CGCCAGACGAAAAUAAUAAUCGGACGAGUUUCCAAGAGCCGAAUGUACCGGUACCAAAUCGCAACAUAUCAAUCAUGUCAGUCAUCGACCAAAAAGAAUACCUGAAAAGAUAUCUUUCAGGAGGUGAUACUGAGGAUAAAAAGAAGAAGCGAAAGAAAAAACACGGAGGACAUUCAGGAGUAGCUGUGAAGGCUGCUAGCGUGCGUAUAUUAGAUGAUGAUGUGGACUUCCGAACCCUUGUCCAACCUGAUGCUGAUGAUGACAAGUCCAAAUUGCUUGAAGAAGCUGAUGAAGCUCCUUUGGUAGCAGGGUUUGUUGACGAGAGACCCGAAGAGGAAGUCAAGCUGGAACAGUACAGGAAGAGUGAUAAAUGGAAAGUAAUGAAACAAGAUGAAGAGGAAGAACCGUCUAGGAUGUCAUCAGGAAGUCGAAGACCCCGCCAUGAUUCCUCAUCAGAUGCUUCACCGCCUAGGAGACGCCGUCAUGACUCUGGUUCCGAUCUUUCACCCCCCAGAGGCAGGUCAGGAGAGAUGUCCAGGAAAAGGCAUGAUUCCGAUUCCGACCUGUCGCCACAUCGAGGAAGGCAAGAGCAGACAUCGAAGAGGAGACACGACUCAGAUUCCGACCUGUCGCCGCCUAGAGGAAGGCCAGAGCAGACAUCGAAGAAGAGACACGACUCAGAUUCAGACCUCUCCCUUCCAAGAGCCAGACAGGGGCGGGUGCCCAGGACACAGCAUGGUUCAGAUUCUGAUAUGUCUCCUCCAAGGAGAAAUGGCACGGGUGAACAUUCCCGGAGGGGUCGCCAUGAUUCAGAUUCCGAUUUAUCCCCUCAAAGAGCUAGGGUCAAAGACUCAAGGAAAAAGCGGCAUGGCUCGGACUCUGACCUUUCACCUCCAAGACAUAAAAAGUCCAAAGAUUCUAGGAGAAGUCGUAAUGAUUCAGACUCUGAUUUAUCAUCUGUGAGGACUAAGACGAAUAAUGGAGACAGACUAAAGCAAAGGAGGAGACAUGAUUCUGAUUCCGAAAUCUCCCCUCCUAGGAGAAGAAAACCUAGUCAAGUUCAAAACUCCAGGAGGAGACAUGACUCCGAUUCUGAUCUUUCACCUCCAAGGAUAUCAAAUUCUAAGAGGAAAGACCAAACUCGAUCAAAGUCCAGUAGGUCCAGUCGGGACCUGUCUCCAGUCAGGAGGAAAGGGCGUGGCUCUGAUGAUGACCUCUCUCCACCCAGGAGAGGGAGCGAAGGGAAGAGGAGAAGGGUGGACUCUGAUUCAGACCUUUCACCUGACAGACAAAGACUACGCAAAGCUGAAGAUGGGAUGAAGCAGAAGCCAAAGACAACUCUGUCAGGGGCUAAGGCCGGUUUAUCAGAUGCAGCUGCCCUAAGGAGAGAGAAUGAAGCAACAAGACGAAGAACCAAUGAGGCUUACUCAAGGCUUGAUGAUGACACCAGUGGUAAAAAUGCAGAGACUGUUUUCAGGGAUAAGAGUGGUAAGAGGAGAGACUUGAAGGAGGAGAAACGACUGAAGAAAGAAGAAGAGGCCAGAAAAGCUGAAGAAGAUGAGCAAUUCUUGGAGUGGGGAAAAGGGGUGGCCCAAGUCAAGAAUCAGAAGAACAGCGUUGAAGAUACGAUGAGAGAGAUGGCUAAACCUUUAGCGAGGUACAAAGACGAUACGGACCUGGACCAGAUGUUGAAAGAACAGGACCGAGAAGGAGACCCCAUGCUGGCGUUCCUGAAGAAGAAAGAAUCUAAGGCCAUGGCGAAGGCUGGGAUUAAAGAGAAACCAAAAUAUCGAGGACCGAAGCCUCCACCGAACCGCUUCAACAUCCAGCCAGGUUACCGAUGGGACGGGGUCGAUCGAUCGAGUGGAUUCGAGAAGAAAUACUUCCAGAGAAUAUCGGACAAGAAGGCUACGUCGGAAAUAGCUUAUAAAUGGAGCAUUGAAGAUAUGUGAACGAAAAUGAUCAAGGAUGGCAUGCCCAUUACUAAAAUAUACUUAUACCCCAACAAAGAGUUGAUUUGAAUAAAAAGAAAAAAAUCCAACAAGCAUAACACUGAAAAUUUCAUCAAAAUCGGAUGUGAAAUAAGAAAGUUAUGACAUUUCAAAGUUUUGCUCAAUUUCACACAACAGUUAUAUGCACAUCCUUGGCCCCAUUGCAUAAUACUUUUGCCGGAGUUUUUUACGGCAAAAAAUCAGGAAACUAUGGCAAAAAAAAUUGCCGGAGUUUUACAUUGCAUAAAACUUUGCCAGAGUUCUUACGGCAAACAUUAAAAAAAACUCCGGCAAAUCAAGUGGGUUUUUGCUGUAGCUCCUGGUCCAACGGCAAAGUCCUAAAAACUCCGGCAAAAUAGUUUCAAGAUGGCUGCUCUAUUGUAUGCCAUACAGCAGGCAGCUGCUUUGAGACGGGAGCGAGUCUUUAGAGAUCGAACGCAUCCCUUGGAUAUCUAUGACGACAGCGAGAUGCUGAAGUUGAAUAGAUUUUCCAGACAGGGAUGCGUUCAUAUCAUUAACAGACUCGCUCCCCAUAUCGAGCAUCCAACAAGAAGGAAUUUUGCUAUACCUGCAAGCGUUUAUCACCGUACGUUAUUUUGCGACCGGAUCGGUAUGCAAAUGAGGAGACUGAUGACGUCAUCCACGCACUAUUUCUUUUGUAUUUUAUUAUGUGAAAUAUGGAAAAUUCUAAUAUUUUCCUCAUUUUCAAGUGAAACAACGAUUAAUUCCUCCCUUAUCAUGUUGAAUUGGCAUUGUUUAAUACUAUAUGGUUCAGUCAAUUUGGUCCUUAUUGUCAAAUUUGUAAAAAAUGAAAUAUUGUAUAAUUAAAACAAUAAAAAACAAAAGAAAUAGUGAGUGAGGGACAUCAUCGACUGUCUCAUUUGCAUGUCACUGAGUUGUGCAUAUCACUGUUUUGUGAAAAAUAAGCGAAACUUUAAAAUGUCAUAACUUUCUUAUUUUACAUCCGAUUUUGAUGAAAUUUUCAGCAUUAUGCUAGUUUGAUUUUUCUCUAUUUAUUAAAAUCAACAAUUUUUGGGGUGGACUUGACCUUUAACCGGAGUAGAGUCAUGGUUUAAGAACCAAGAGUGACUGCUUGAAAAUGAACCAGAGGGAUGCUUUUGAAGUUCGACCUUAUGCGCGCCUUGUGACCUAGGGAGUGUUUCAUCAACAUUUUCAUCCGACAAGUUGUCAGAUCUGACAUCUUUCUCUGAUGUUGAUUGGCUGAGAGGUACCGUUACUAUGGUAACUGUCGGAUAAAAUGGGACUUGUCGGAUAAAACGUCCGACAAGUCCUUUCAUGAAACGCCCCCCUGGAUACUAUGUCAUGACAAGUUUUGUCAGUGACUUUCACAGAGUGAUUUUACAAGCUACUGCAAAUCCUUGCAUUUGAUUGGCUGAGAACAAGUAGGGAAAAUCACUCUCAAAACUUCUCAUGAAAUGCUCUCUGGUUCUUGUGCUUUUGGGAUAACCCAUUUUUCGUCAAGGUCUCAACAAAGUGGAGCUGAAUUUAUUUAUUAGAACUCUUAAAACGUUUUUGAAAUUAUCUGCACUACAUUCAGAUGCUUGUUUACAACAGGAAUUUUCGUUCUAAAAUUUAACCUGAAAAGAUUGGAUUUCAACUUUAUUUGAUGGAAAACAAAAUAACUGAGAAUGUAAUUCGGCACCCAAGAGCAGGGGCCAAUUUCAUAAAAUUUGUUAUAAUAAUUUGCAAUAACAGUUAAAAGCUACUGAAAUCCUUCAAUCUGAUUGGCUAAAUGAGAAAUUGUGCAUUUGUUACUAUAACAUGUCUUUUUGAAAUGGGACCCAGGUUAUUGGGUGUGUGUUAAUUCAUGCAUAACUAACAAACCUCUUUGAAUCGAAGCUAUUGCAAGUAUUUGUUAGACAGGGCCCAAGACAGCUCGGUCAGCACAUGCCAACAAAUGUAAGGCAAGCCGUUUUAUGACAUAAAACUGUUCGUAAGUUGCAAGCAACUUUACAAACUACUAGUGAUCCUUGAGGUAAAUUCUCGCUACCCCAAAUAGGAACACAAAUCUCAUAAUGCGCGAGACGAGAUAAUUUUCACUCCGUCGGGUCGUCAUCACCACUUCCGGUUCAGAGUCAUGCUCGCGCGAUCGCGAGAUUCGCAAUACUGAGUUUUCCACCACACCGAAAUCGAUGCCAAUCAGCGUAAUAUGUACAUAUUAUAAUACUUCUUAUUUAAUUUGGUCAGUUUUUAUUCCAUUUGAAUUAUGAAUAAAAAUAGAAAAUAUAUUUCACGUGAAAAUAAUUUUUAUUCUUGUUUUUAUUUGGUUAUAAAAAAUAAAACAAAAAAUGAAUAUCUUAAAAUUUUGCAUUUAGCGACCGGCCUGACAUCACGAUCGUAUUCGACUAGACGCUAAAUAUAUACACUACAGCAUUCAUUCCGUUCAAUUUUUUGUCGACCAAAAAAUUUAUAAAAAAUCAGUUUCGGAACUUUAAAAAGUCUUAACAAUGGAAAGCGUCGGGCAGAAUCAGUGACUUUAGCAGAAACGGCCGUUAAACUGUAUCGUGAAAGAGAGGGUUGUGAUCACGAACUUUCCGAGCGAAAGCGACGUUGUGUUGUUGUGGAUGACGGCACUGUUGAUCUGAAUGGCAAAACAGUGCGUUGGACUUCCGAACAGGAAGUUGUAAUACCGAAAAGCUAUCCCAUAAUGCAAUGCGCGUUACAGGGAUUUUUCCCGGAUCUCGGCGAAAUCGCUAUUUGGGGUAGCGAGAAUUGUGCACACCAAAUUUUCAUUGGUGUGAAUUUAAAUCGUACUAAAGGAUGGCCAGUUGUUGGUAGUCGCUCAUGACUUACAAUCAGCUCUAUGAAACGCCUGCCAGAUGUGGUGCCUUCUUCAGGAUGGGCAAAUCUGCAAGAUCGAAGCUGCUUUUCAAACGACUUCUAGGUUUCAAGAACUGGUUAGAGCACAAAUUAUUACUUUCAAAUCAUUUCCUGAAAGAUAUCCAUCCAAUGCCAACUAUGUAUGUUCCAUCUUGAUAUUGUGAGGAAAAAAAAAUCAUAUUUUGCAAUGUCAAAGUUCUUUAGUUUAUCUUGUGAAUGAUGUAAAUAUUAAACACUGGCCUCUAUUCUGAAGUCGGGUUUAAUUUAAACCAAUGGUCUAACUCUGUACUGAAAUUAUGGGUAGCCAUAUAUUAACAAAUUAUGUUUAUAUAAUAUAUUUCUUAUGUUGACUAUUUUGCUUCCUUUUGCUUUCAUAAUGAAGAAAAAUACUUCAAAAUACUUCAGUAUCAUUCCCAGACAAUUUCGGCGUCACAUGAGUUAAGAAAUUUGAUGUGUACUCUUAGGGAUUUGUACCCCAAUUGGCUCUCCAUAGUUUGAACCACAACUUUAAACCAGGGUUUAAUUUAAACCCGAGUUCAGAAUACGGGCUUAUUUCGAAAGAUAAAAAAAAAAUGGACCCAUGUGAUUAUUAAAAUGUCUUGGUAAG